UAAACAUACAUUUGGAAAUGUUUAAAACAUUUUCUCUCAACUUAACACUCUUGGUAGUUUUCGGUUUAUACAUCAAAGUGAUUUGCGCUCGGAUUUGCGAGAUAUUGGGCGUGCUAUCGACUUACAAUAUGUCGUACAGGUACCAAUUGCAUGACUAUAAUGAUGGUUAUAUUGGCCUUUUCAUAAAACGUCGAGGAGCCCGUUUUUGGAUUGAUUCGACACUGCUAAUUACGAGGUUUCAUUAAUCAAUCUUUCUGCAACUCAUAAGAACACCCAUUGUUUUGCUACAAUGGUUUGACUAGCUAUCCACAGGUCUCUCUGCAGCAACUUUGUGUUGUAGGAAUAUGACAUGCCUACGACAAGACACGAAUAUGGUUAUGAAAAUAUAGGUUAUUUAUUAUUAAUGAUAAAAUCGUCUGUGGUGCAACAUAGAAAAACCUAAAAAAUAUCAAAUUUUUCAUAUCACGUCACGUAAGCUGUUUUAUAAACUUCCAAAUACUGUAACACACAUCAAUAUGUUUAGAAAUUUUACUACAAAAUAUCCUUACAUUUUUUAGCUUACCUUGUGUUUCUGGAGGGCUGCAACGCAAGUUACGAUAGUGCACUACGCACUAUGGCCCAUGGUGCAUGUUACAGAACACAGUGCACUGUUCUCGGAAGAGUAGGGGAUUGUCUGCCUAAUUCACCACAAGAAAGACCCCACUGUCAGCAAGUCUUUGAAGAAUGUGUGAAAACACUAGAGGCUGCCAUGAACUUACCUGCUAUGCGCAAGAGAGGCGGGUCUGCAUCCAAGCGGGCGAGGCAGGUGAAACACCCUAUCAGCUCCAAUGGCAGAGUGUCAGUGUACCUACAACUGGUUGAGGCUUAUAGACUCACCAAUGCAACUACAGCAGAAACGAGGCGGAGGUGUCAUAAUCUAUGUUAAGGAUAACAUUAAGGCUGAAGUUAUGAAAGACAUCGUUGUUCCAGCUGACUUGGAAGUCUUAUGGAUUAUGUUGUCUCAUCCGAAAUUUCCACGAGCUGUCCCGUACUUGAUCGUAGCAGCUGUAUAUAUACCACCGGACUCGCCAAUCCGCGAUUCGUAUAUUGAUCAUCUUACAGGUAGCAUUGACUUUAUUAAUACUUAUAAGAAACAAGCUGGACUCAUGAUUAUUGGUGAUUUUAACCGCACGGACACUAGGUCAAUACUUUUAGGCACUAGUUUAAAGCAGAUCAUUAAUUCCCCUACAAGAGAACAUGUUAUACUUGACCUUGUUAUUACCAACAUGUCUGAAUUGUAUCUUGAGCCACAAUAUUUACCCGCUGUUGGUCGCAGUGAUCAUUGUGUUAUAUCAUUGCAACCAAAGGUGAGAAUCCCUAUUAACAGAAUGGUUGCUAAAACUAUCCAACCCAUUACGGAUUCCAAGCUCAAUGAGUUUGGGCGUUGGAUACAAACCCAGACAUGGUCCGAUAUUGUUGAUGCAGUUGACAUUCAAUUAAAAGCCGAUACGUUUUUACAAAAUUAUGAAUGA